CGUUAUCACCUCGCUAUCUGCUGUUUUUGUUGUCUGUGAAAAACAAUUAAAAAUUGAUAACAUAACAUAGAAAUCUGAUGAAAAACAUCAUUAUUUGCAGUGUGUUUAAGCGAAUGCCUGGCUUAUACAGAACAUACAAUCCGCUGGCAUAAAAAUGUUUCGAAAAGUUGUAGUUCGCGGUUGUUCAUUAAUUGUUUAUCAACGACAAAGGGCCCUAUCCAAAAUAAGUAAGAAUGGAUCAAAAUUGUUUCUUGCAAGUUUUGCGCUUUUUGGGACCGCGCAGAAACAGGAAAUCGACACUUCCAAGUUUAUGGCGGAACCCGUAACUUCAGUAGAUGUUCUUCUAAAAAAUAAGGAGGAUAUGAAAUCUAAAAUGGAACUUAUGAUACUUCAGGUUCAAAAAGAAUUCUGUCGUGCCUUAGAAGAAGAAGAAACAGGGUCCCAGCGAUUCGUGGUGGACAAAUGGUAUCGCAAAGAAGGAGGAGGAGGCAUAACGUGUGUAUUGCAGGAUGGCGAGGUUUUUGAAAAGGCUGGCGUUAAUAUUUCAGUAAUUACGGGACUUUUACCCUCUAAUAUGGCCGCUCAAAUGCGAUCGCGGGGCAAAAACAUCCCUUCCGAUGCAAAAUUAUCUUUCUUCGCAGCCGGAAUCAGCUCCGUCAUUCACCCCACUAACCCCAUGGUGCCCACAGUACACUUUAAUUAUCGUUACUUCGAAGUGCAAGACUCAGAAGGCGUACAAUUCUGGUUCGGAGGGGGCACCGAUCUCACCCCUUACUAUCUGGACGAAGAUGACGUCAAACACUUUCACAAAACAUUGAAAAAUGCUUGCGACAGCCAUGAUAACACUUAUUAUGGUAAAUUUAAGAAAUGGUGCGACGAUUAUUUCCAUGUCACACACAGAGGCGAAAGGAGAGGGGUGGGAGGAUUAUUUUUCGACGAUCUGGACGGUCCCACCAAAGAACAGGCCUUCAACUUUGUCAAAGAUUGCGCCAACAGCGUGAUACCCUCCUAUGUUCCACUAGUUAAAAAACAUAAAAAUGAUAAAUUUACCGAAGAGGAAAAGACAUGGCAGCAACUACGACGGGGACGUUAUGUAGAAUUCAAUUUGAUAUACGACAGAGGCACAAAAUUUGGACUCUACACUCCUGGGGCUCGUUAUGAAAGUAUACUGAUGUCUCUGCCACUAACUGCACGCUGGGAGUACAUGCACAAGCCAGCCAGGGAUUCCCGGGAGGAGAAACUCGUUGAAGUAUUGAAGAACCCAAGGGAUUGGCUGUGAAUAAGAAUGUAAUUAGAAGAGUUGGUUAUAAUUAAUGGGUGUUAUGGUGACGUUUAAAUAAAAGGUUUUUGUAAUCUA